CUCGAUUCCUCUUCCUCCGAGGAAACCUGCCACUUUGAGCUGCCCCGCUCUCCCCUUUAAAAGGCAACUUGACCCGCACAGAACCGAAGCUCCCGCCUGCUCCCGCCUCCGGCUCCGUGGUCCAUCAGUCUGUCCGCGCUCCCGACCGUGCCCUGUAGUUCCUACGGAGGAACAAAGCCGGAGAUGGAGAGCAAAGCGCUGCUCCUGGUUGUUUUGGGCAUAUGGCUCCAGAGUCUGACCUCCUCCCACGGAGGGGUGGCCGCCGCCAGCAAAAUUAUGGGAGAAAAAGAUUUUACAGACAUUGAAAGUAAAUUUGCUCUGAGGACCCCCGAAGACACAGCUGAGGACACUUGCCACCUCAUCCCCGGAGUGGCAGAGUCCGUGGCCCACUGCCACUUUAACCACAGCAGCAAAACCUUUGUGGUGGUCCAUGGCUGGACGGUGACAGGGAUGUAUGAGAGCUGGGUGCCCAAACUUGUGGCUGCCCUGUACAAGAGGGAACCCGACUCCAAUGUCAUCGUGGUGGACUGGCUGUCCCGGGCCCAGCAGCACUACCCGGUGUCUGCGGGCUAUACCAAGCUGGUGGGAAAGGAUGUGGCCACGUUUAUCAACUGGAUGGCGGAGGAAUUUAACUAUCCACUGGACAAUGUCCAUCUCUUGGGAUACAGCCUUGGAGCCCAUGCUGCUGGCGUCGCAGGAAGUCUGACCAAUAAGAAGGUCAACAGGAUUACAGGCCUAGAUCCAGCUGGACCUAACUUUGAGUAUGCAGAAGCUCCAAGUCGCCUGUCUCCCGAUGAUGCAGAUUUUGUAGAUGUCUUACACACAUUCACCAGAGGGUCACCUGGCCGAAGUAUCGGAAUCCAGAAACCAGUAGGACAUGUUGACAUUUACCCUAAUGGAGGCACUUUUCAACCGGGCUGUAACAUUGGGGAAGCUAUUCGUGUGAUUGCAGAGAGAGGCCUUGGAGAUGUAGAUCAGCUCGUGAAGUGCUCCCAUGAGCGCUCCAUUCAUCUCUUCAUUGACUCUCUGUUGAAUGAAGAAAACCCCAGCAAGGCCUAUCGGUGCAAUUCAAAGGAAGCCUUUGAGAAAGGGCUCUGCCUGAGCUGCAGAAAGAACCGUUGCAACAACUUGGGCUAUGAGAUCAAUAAGGUCAGAGCCAAAAGAAGCAGCAAAAUGUACCUGAAGACUCGUUCUCAAAUGCCUUACAAAGUCUUCCAUUACCAAGUGAAGAUACAUUUUUCUGGGACCGAGAGUGACACACAGACCAACCAGGCCUUCGAGAUCUCUCUGUACGGCACUGUGGCCGAGAGCGAGAACAUCCCUUUCACCCUGCCCGAAAUUUCCACAAAUAAGACAUACUCCUUCCUCAUUUACACGGAGGUGGACAUCGGGGAGCUGCUGCUGAUGAAGCUCAAAUGGAACAGCGACUCCUACUUCAGCUGGUCGGACUGGUGGAGCAGCCCCGGCUUUGCUAUUGAGAAGAUCAGAGUAAAAGCAGGAGAGACUCAGAAGAAGGCGAUCUUCUGUUCCAGGGAGAAAGUGUCUCGUCUGCAGAAAGGAAAGUCAUCUGUGGUAUUUGUAAAAUGCCAUGACAGGUCUCUGAAUAAAAAGUCUGGCUGAAUCUACAGGAGGAAGGACAGCACAUGAAUUCUGUGAAGCAUGAAGUAACUUCUACAAAACAUGCCCAGAGCUUUGGGUGGUUAAAAGUGAAUUUUCCUGAGUAUUAAUCCCAGCUAUCCUUCUUAGUUAUUUUAAGAGACAGUCUCAAAUACUAAAAAGUGGCUAAUUCAAUUUGAGGAGUACAGUGGCCAAAUAGCACAUCUUCCAACAUUAAAAAAAAAAAAAAAACAGCACAUAUGAAAAGCACUGCAUUUUGUCCUUUGAGAAAGAAAUAAGAAUUGUUUGGGCUUGUGGUAAAAUAAUAAAGCUUUUUUAUGUAGUGAGUUUAGCCAUAGCCUACAAUUGAUUAGAACCUCAUAUUUUAGUAGGAAUUUUGAAUUUUCUGAAUCUAUGCAUUCUCAAAGUUUACUCCAAGUCCAAAUAUAGAAAAUAACUUUCUGUGGCCUGAGUCCGACUUAUCUCCUUACCUGUCCAAACGCCUGCCCUUAUUGGAACGGCAGCUCUUGCUGGUGGACGUGGCCCGGGAGCUAACCAGGAACCAGUGACUUGGAGUGAGGAGCUGAACUGGCUCUUUAAACACUCCCUGUGGUUGGAUGCAUCAUAACUGUUACAAAUUAAAAGAGAUAUAAAAGUUAGAACAAUUAAGUCUUAAUCAGCUUUAUAGUUUAUGGCUUAAUCUCUCCUCUCCUUUUCUAGCUUUUUCUCAGUUAUAUUUUAUCAGUGUUCCCUGGGUAGGUGUUAAAACAAGCCUGCCACACUCAGCUGACACAUAAUUUUAGCUAUGGAGAGAGACAAUGAUCCAUAAUUUUAGCAUCAGAUUUUCAAAACUAUAUUCAUUGGUUCGUAGUCAUUUAGUGGUUUCUAUUCGGUUUUAGGCUCAUCUCAGUCAUGCUUCAGUCAGACUUGGAGCGUGUCUCUUUCUUCCCUGGUUUCGAUAAGAAAAUGUGUUUAAAUUCAAAUUUUGCAUCACUCAAAAGCCUACAAAUUCUAGACAAAGACCAUUUUUACUAAGUAGAGAGAUGGAAAAGUCACUGGGACAUAUUCAUAAACAGUGCUUAAAACCAUUGUAGGCAAUUCAAAGAAUCCUCAAUUGCCACGGCCACAGGAAAUGGCAUGAGAGUUGUUUUUAACAACUAGUCAGGAGUGAGUGAGCAGUUAUUUAUAAACUAGACCUCCUGUGUUCAGAAUGCUUUUCUAUAUAUUAAUAUAAAAUGAAAAAGAAGUCAAAUAUCUCAGAGGCUAUUGCUGGGAAUCCAAACUGUGAACACAUGUGGGCACCUGAACACAUACAUGCUCACAUACGAAGCCCCACGUGUACAAUAAUUAUUCAGUGAGGCUUGGAAGAUGAAUGAUCAAAAGAUGUAUCAGAAUUUGUUGGUGUAGAAACUGUUCCAGAGGUGCCAAACGUAAGCCCUUCUCUGAGAAAUACGGUUGUGCCUGUACAGAGUAGAAAGAUUGUUGUGAUCGAUAUCAGCCAGUCUGGCAUGAAUUCUCUCUAAAAAUAAAACCUUGUGUGAUUA